GCUGUGACCAGUGGUGUGGAAAGGCAGUCGACUACAGGGGGAGUAAAGCACCGCAACAGAUGCUAGGGGUGCUGUCAGCGGCUAGCUGGCUAUCAAUCACCUGGGCCAUUCUGGUCCUCCCAAUUGCGGAGAGCAAGAAAGGGAUAGGGGAUAGAAGAGAAGAUGGCGUGGGACCUGCAGCCUUGCUCAUUCCUUUCUCUGCUAGGGACGAUAUCCGUGUUGUUGUCUCUCUACAUGUCCAUUGUUGUUCCACAGAUCCUGGACCCUGAGUUUGGAACAACAAGCCCUCCAAAGAAGAAACCAGACCCAGUUACAUCAGAGACUGUUGUUUUCUGGGGACUUCGGUUAUGGCAAGUCAUUGGAGUUUUUUCAAUGUUCGUUUUGGCAGUUAUAAUCACAUUGUGUUGCAUCUUCAAAUGUCGAAUCCCAAGAACGAAAAAGGAGAUUGAGGCACGCUUUGCACAGCGACAAGCAGCUAAAAAGUACGCCGACACACUGGAAACAGUACCUCCGCUAAACGAACUGACAGACAUACCUGGAGGCUCCUCUGAUUCUGCCUCCCUUCCGACCAUCUCUGGUCAGGUCCAGUCGAGGAGCAGCAACCCUCUUCCUGUAGUGAAAGAGGAGGAUGAGAUGGCUCUUCACUGAAACUAUGGGCUGGGCUGCUUUUCUUCUGUUCCUCCCUCUUCUGCUCCCUGACUCUUCUUCUUACAGGCAGUGGCUGCUAGGAAGACUUUUUAUUUGGAAGCACAAAGGGGGAAAUAGAGGGUUUCCUGUUUAUGUUUCAGAAACUGCAGAUGGAGUGUAAUUUCAUUUUUUUAAAUAAACAAUGGUACAUUUUAGCAACAUUUUUUUUUUAUCAGUAGUGUAAAUGGUUUUAUUGAUAUGCUGAGAAGUGUCUUUGGUAAUGUUAACCAAGCUAUUGGGCCCAAUUCAUAAAGCUUAAUCUUGUGUGCUAUUGUGGCAAUGUGCUCCACCCCUGUGUGCAUUUCUGUGUUGUAUGUUGCGUGUGGUGUGUUAAUGUUGGUGUAUAGAUAUGGCUGCACGGGAUAUAAAUGGGUGUGUGCAGCACGAGUUAUUUAAAAUGUAUAAUUGUAUUUAGGCACGGGAUUGCACAUCACUUCACGUGCAUUUAAAGUAUUUAAUAUGUGAGCACGAGGUUGCACAUAAUUAAUUCACGUGCUGGGAUUCAAGUGAAUAAUUAAUUGGUAGUUGAAUCCCGGCACAACAGUAUAUAUAGAUGCACGUUUUACUCACUCGGGUUUGUGUGUUCGGUGAGUGGAGAACGGGUGUGGAGAAGGAGGUAAAAUAAAAUAUAACAAAAAGAAUAAUAAUAAUAACUGUUUGACUCACCGUGUUUGUUUGUCUGUCCGUCCACCAUUUUGUUUAAGUGUUAGUCCGUUUUUGUUUAUCUGUUUUAUUUGGCGUAAAGUGCCGUGUCCUGUCUUCUGUUUGUUUAAACCUUUUAUUUAUAAUAAACCGCGCAACAGCGCUUUCAUCAUUUCACCUCAUUUGUCCUGUCUCUGUGUAUUCAUUUCCUGGAUCUGACGGCACCACUCAGCCAGCCGUGUGACAGCUAUUUACAUAUUGUGUCUAGGAACUUAGUUUCAUAAUUCAUGAAACUGUUAUAGACUGUUGUUAAAUAAGCUGAUUACAGCCUUGAACGGUUUAUGAAUACCAAACUGUAUUUUAUCAAUAAAAAGAAAACCAGACACUUAAUAUCGCAUGAGAUAUAGUUUGGGGAAAAGGGUCCAUUCUAAGAUUAUAACACAACAUAUAUUGACAAAAGCUUCCCUUUGAAAUUAAUGUUUACAAUUGUUUUUAGUAAAACUGGAUUUCUUAGAAUUCAGAUUUUAAAGUGUUUGUGAUUGAUUGUAGUGUCGCUAAUUUAUACGUAGCCAGCACACCUGCCUGUUCAACCAGCAUACGGGGUAUGUUUUGGAGACUUUGUUUGGUACACUUUUAAAACACUUACCUGAGCCCCAAGAAAACUAUUAAACCCUAACGUUGGGAGUAUACUUCUGAAAAUGAGCAUGUUUGAGGAAGGCUUUCUAUUGUAAAUGUGUGAUACUGGGUGUCAUGUAUUAGACCUUGUGGGCCAUUGAUAAUAAAUAUAUAUGAAUCCCAUCCCUUUUCUGACUACAUACAUACAUACAUACAUAAUAUCAGGUCCAUAAGAUUAUUUGUUAGUCUGGUUUGCAGUGUAAUAGAAUAUAAUCUAUGAAGACCAGACACCAUUAAAUGCAUU